AUGGGCGACAUCAUCACGAUUCACACCUCGACCCUGUUCGACCCUCGGAAGAAGGCUUUCCUCGCUGAUAUAUCGCUCAUAGUCAGCCGUGAGACGGGCCUGGUGACGGGCAUCUUCGCUAGGGAUGACGACGAUGCGCUACCCGAGCCGCCGUUGCCCGAGCCAGGGAGCGUGGUGGUGGAUCUGAGGGGGAAGGUCGUUGUGCCUGGGUUUGUGGAUGCGCAUGCGUAUCUCUCCCCGCGAGAUCAGGAUGGUAGUGAGGUUGCUGUGGUUCCGGUUCCGGAUCGGCAGUGCGUAGAGAGCGUGACGGAACGCAUCAUCCGGGCGAUGAACCGAUGCCGCACUGCCCUUCUAUCCGGAUAUACUACUUACCGCGAGCUCGGCUCCUCCUCCAUGCCCGACUUCGAAUUCGACGUCGAAAUCCGCGACGCCAUCAGCCGCGAGCUCAUGCCCGGCCCGAGACACUUCGUCGCCACUCGGCCCCUCGCCAGCGCCCACUCGUCCACGCACCGGAUCGAGAAGGGCACGAGCCGCUACCUCCCCCCGCCCGGCUCGGAGGUCCUCAACGGCCUCGACGAGAUCCGCCGGGCGGUCCUGCGGCAGAUCGCCGCGGGCACGGACGUGAUCGCGCUCCACGCCGACUGCAAGAAGGUGCUCCCGGUGCUGGAUACCCGGAGCAGCAAGCCGCGAGGGCAGCAGCACCCGUACACGGCGGGCAUCCUGUCGCUGCUGGAGAAGCCCGAGAGGGACUAUGUCGUGUUCGCGCAGGAGGAGAUGGAUGCCGUGGUCUCGGUGGCGAGGGCGGCGCGACGUCCGGUUGCGGCGCUUUGCCGCACGCUGGAGGGGGCUAUGGCGGCCAUCAAGGCCGGAGUGAGGAGUAUUGAGUAUGGCUACGGGAUUGGUGGGAGAGAAGGGGUGUUGAGGGCGAUGGCUGAGAAGAGCGUUAUUUUGGUGCCUAAUUUGGCAAGUACGGAGAGGAGUAAGCUGCCAGCGUUGAUGGCGCAGACGAAGAGGGCGUUUGAACUAGGAGUGAGGAUUGCCUGUGGAGGUGGUACGGGGGGCGAUGUGGUGAGGGAGAUGGAAGUACUGCUUGAAUGUGGAAUUCCGCUUGAAGAUGUCCUGGAGAAUUGCACAGUUGGCGGAUGGGAGGCUUGCGGUGGUGAAAUGUGUGGGAAGAGGUUUGGGUGGUUCGAGGCAGGUGCACAGGCAGAUGUUGUUGCGCUUGACGGGGAUCCGAGGAUUGAUAAGGGAGCUUUGAGGAAGGUCUCUUUCGUGAUGAAAGAUGCACGGAUUUGGAAAAUGGAUGGUAUCGCUGUGGGUAUGCGUCUUGGUCAAAGAGUAGAGUCCGAUUUUCUGUUUCUUAACGGCAUGGCAUCCCCGUUUGCCGGCCCUAGCCAGAGCAGGUCGCAGCGUAUGGCUGGAGGGGCUGGAGGUGGCCGGGUUGCCCAUCACUCGAAGAAAAUCAACGGCCACGGUACAGCAGAACAGCUGCCGCUCGAAUUGAAGGCAUUGCCAUUGCCAUUGCCAUUGCCAUUGCCAAGACCAAGUCCCAAGACCAAAAGACCCUCCGCUCCGCCUCUCCGCCUCUCCGCCUCUCCGCCUCUCCGUCUCUCCGUCUCUUGUCGAGAAAACACCUCGAAACCUCAAAAGCUCGAAACUUCGAAAUCCUAUCAACCAGCCUCAGGCCAGGCCAGCAGCAACAAGACCGCGGCUGUCUUUCCACUUCACUUCACAGUUCUUGCCUCCCGACACUCAUUUGACACAUUGACAUACCCCAAUAAGGUCAUGGACUCGUCGGGCGCAGGCCACCCCUAUGGCUCGCGGCCUCUCUCUUCGACCACCGCAACCCAUCGACUACCAUCCCACAUUCCCGUCGAGAUGUCUGAACUCGAUGCUUCCAAGAGGGUGCCAGUGUCAAGAGGAGGAGCAGGAGCAGGUGCAGGUGCAGGCGCGGGAUCGCAGGGCCUCCUCAACAAUGUCUCUGUUACUCCCUCUUCGCCUAUAGACGAUUCAUUUUCCACUUCCUUUACCAUGCCUCAAUCCACCACUGCCAACGAGAAUACCAAGCCAGCUCCUUCGACUACUCCAAACCCUGCCAAGACAUCCCGGUCCUCUCCAAAUCCGAGUCCCACUCCAGCUCACCACGAGAUGGCCACGACAACAAAGAUCGGCGAGUCGAUCUCAAGCGCUACUCCAGAGAAGGAUGACGAGGAGGAACACACCAACCGGGCGGCGGCAGCCAACCCUUCUUCGGCGGCGACAGGCGAGGCGGCGUCGGUACUGCUGAUUCAAUUGCUGCCUCAGGCGACCGCUAGGCAAGUACCAUUCAACAUUGACGAGAAAUAUCUGGCGAAACGAGGCGUGGAUGUACCUAGCAAGACCGAGGCGGGAAAGGCAGACCCAUACAGUAUCAGCGUGUACACACUGAAGGAGCUGAUCUUGCGGUCGUGGAGGGAGGAGUGGGAGACGAAGCCAACUAAUCCCACCAACAUCCGGUUGAUAUUCUAUGGACGCAUGCUGGACGACAAAUCAACGUUGGCAGACUGCAGGUUCUCUUCCGGUCUCCCAAACAUAUUACAUAUGACGGUCCGACCCCAGGAUAUCGUGGACGAGGAGGACGGAGGGAAGAACAAGCAGUCGAACAGGGACAGGGACGGCGAGGAGGAGACCGCUGGAUGUCGAUGCGUGAUACAGUGA